ACUGAAGAAAGAUUUGCCAAUAUUGAUUGGGACAAACUUUCAUAUGAAGUUAUUCCAACUGAUUAUAUGUACAUUAUGGAAUCCAAUACAGAUGGGACCUUUUCAGAUGGAGCUCUCGUACCUUUUGGAACCGUUCAAAUCAAUCCCCAUUCUUCUGUUUUAAAUUAUGGACAAGGACUAUUUGAGGGCAUGAAAGCAUACCGAAGACCAGAUGGUGAGGUGCAGUUAUUUCGACCAGAAGAGAAUGCACUGCGCAUGCAAAUGGGAGCAGAUCGGUUAUUAUUGGCAGCACCUUCCGUUGAGCAAUAUGUUGAUGCUGUAAAACAAGUUGUCCGUACAAACAAGCGUUGGGUGCCUCCUCACGGAAAAGGAACAUUGUAUAUCAGGCCUUUACUAUUUGGAAGUGGAAGUGUUAUGGGUAUCUCACCGGCGCCCCAGUCAACCUUCUUAAUAUACGCUAAUCCAAUUUGCAAUGUUUACAAGGGACGAACUGCAGCCUUGAGUUUGUGGGUUCAUGAUAAACUUCCUCGCGCAUAUCCUGGUGGAACUGGUGGAGUAAAAAGUAUAAGUAAUUAUGCACCUGUCUUCCAAGUGGUAAAAGAGGCAAAAGAAAAAGGAUUUUCUGAUGUUCUGUUUCUCGAUGCAGCAGAACAUAAAUACGUUGAGGAGGUAUCUUCAUGCAACUUUUUCAUUGUUAAGCGGAAUGUUAUUACAACUACACCUGCAACCGGAACUAUUCUUCCUGGAAUUACAAGGAAAAGUAUCAUUGAACUUGCUCGUGAUUUGGGUUACAAGGUCGAGGAACGAAAAAUUCCAGUAAAAGAACUACUUAAAGCUUAUGAGGUUUUUUGCACUGGAACUGCUACUGGGAUUGCUGAGGUUUAUAGUGUAAGCUACAAGGAUAAAAGGGUUAAGUUCCAAACUGGACCCGACACUGUGACUCAGAAGUUGUAUGAUUUAAUAACGGGAAUCCAAACAGGUCUAAAGGAGGAUAAGAAAGGAUGGGUGGUGAAGAUUGAUUAAGCAAUUACUAGUUUAUAUAAACACUAGUAUUGUGACUUGUACAACGCACGCACGGAGAAUAUUCAAUUUUUUUUUUUAAAUAUAAGGUGCUUGAUGUGGUACCUUUAUUUAAAUGAGUGUACGGUACCUUAAAUGAUGUAAAACCUCUUUAUCUCCAAUUUUUUUAACUUCUAAAA